AUGGUAUGGCACCAGAGUUUGGUGACGUUUGUUCCUGAGGAUGGGGUAUUGUUUUAUAAUAUAUUAAUGAUUUCCUGGUCUUUUCUGUUCCCCUCUCCCCUUUUCCCCACUCCUCCCCUUCCACGCUUCCCACUCCUCCGUCCCCCCCAAGCGACAGGUCUCGCAUUAUAUCCCCGACGUUCUUUACUGGCAGUUUGUGUUGAGGGGGGUGUUGAUACUUUCUCUUACUCCCUUUCGUGGCAGAGAGAUAGAUAGUAGUCCAGUGGGCCAACUAUACCGAUCCAGUUUAUUUUGCGGAAAUGUCCCACGUACCAACGGCAGUACUCCUCGCUGCCGCCGCGACCGGCGCCUCUGCGAAGACCGGGAACCUCGGCGAUGCAAAGGCUCACACCGAUAACCCAAUUAGGAAAUAGUGAGUUCCUCCCCCUUCUUUCCCCCACAAUUAUUAGGCAACCGUCACCCAACGGAUUCAUCGCGCCCUUCCACGGCGCUAGGGCACAUGGGAACCUACAAUUCAACCUGACAAACUUCAACUAUAGAACCGGUGUCUUCGUGAAGCUCGACCUAACAGCGUAUCGUGGCGACGAGGGCCCGUUCAAGCUAUCGCUCUACGAGGCACCCGUGAGUGAUGACGGGAAGUGCGAUGGAGCCAAGAACAUCCCUGACCCCUUCCAGCGAGGUGACAAGCUUGAAUGUGAUAGGAAGAGCCCACAGACAUGUCAAGUCGGCGACCCCGUCGGCAAGUACGGGGAGAUACCAAAAUUCCAGGGCGUGAUUUCGAUAAAGCAGAGCUUCCAGGGCUUGUACUUUAAGAAGGAGGAGAGGGAAUUCAUCGGGAACCGCUCCAUGAUCUUGGAAAAUGCCAGGAGGGAUAAAACCGCCUGUGCGAAUAUAACGGAGGUGUAUGGUACCGCAAAGACCUGGGGACCAAAGGGUACAGGCACCCAGCCUAAGAGUAAGGAGGGGCCUAGACACGGGCCCGGUUUUGGUCCUGGAAGUGCUUCUCCUCCAUGGAAGCCUAGCCCAGGAGAUGGACCUCCCGGACUACCACCAUCCAUGAUCGGCCACCCCUUCGCUCCAUAA